CUCACUGCUGUAGAUGCGGACGAGGGACCCAAUGGACAGAUAGUAUAUGAAAUUUUGGCUGGGGAUCAGGGAAACUUCAUCAUCAAUGACCGAACAGGCCUUAUCACCAUUGCUCCAGGAGUUGUAUUGUCAGUGGGGCGAUCCUAUGCUCUCACUGUCAAAGCAUCUGAUAGUGCUCCUCCUGCACAGAGAAGGAGCUCUAUAACUACUGUUUACAUUGAAGUCCUUCCACCCAACAACCAGAGCCCUCCCCGCUUCCCCCAGCUGAUGUACAGCCUUGAAGUCAGCGAGGCCAUGAGAACUGGAGCUGUUUUGUUAAACCUGCAGGCUUUUGAUAGAGAGGGUGACCCUGUAAGAUACCUCAUUCAGAAUGGAGAUCCACAACAAGUUUUUAAUCUCUCUCAAAGUUCUGGACUGCUAGCCUUAGGAAAGCCCUUGGACAGAGAAAGCACUGAUCGCUAUAUUCUGAUUGUUACAGCCUCGGAUGGCAGACCAGAUGGGACCUCAACUGCUACUGUUAAUAUAGUGGUGAUGGACGUAAAUGACAACGGACCAGUUUUUGAUAUGUUUCUACCUAAAAACUUGUCUGUACAGGAAGAGGAAGCCAAUGCUUUUGUUGGUCAAGUAAGGGCUACAGAUCCAGAUGCUGGUGUUAAUGGUCAAGUUCAUUACAGUUUGGCAAAUUUCAACAAUCUUUUCCGAAUCACAUCAAACGGUAGCAUUUAUACAGCAGUUAAACUGAACAGAGAAGUCAGGGACCAUUAUGAGCUUAUUGUUGAAGCAACAGAUGGAGCUGUGGACCCCCGCCAUUCAAUGCUACAUUUAGCAGUCAAGGUGCUGGAUAUUGAUGACAACAGCCCUGUUUUUACUAAUGCUUCCUACACUGUCUGCGUGCCGGAAAAUCUCCCACCAGGCACUGUCUUUCUGCAGAUAGAGGCAAAGGAUGUUGAUCUUGGUUCUGAUGUUAACUACCGAAUACGGACACAGGAAGCGCUACAGUAUUUUGCACUGAACAAGUAUACAGGCGAGUUAUCGCUUUUGAAGUCCUUGGAUUAUGAGUCAUUCUCUGACACAGAAGCAACCUUCACCUUCCUUGUGGAAGCCUUCGAUAGCAAGGGCACCAUGCCUCCUGGUCUCGCUACCGUCACAGUGAAAGUAAAGGAUAUGAAUGACUACUCCCCAGUAUUUAGCAAAAAGCUCUACAGGGGAAUGGUUGCUCCUGAUGCAGUCAAGGGCACCGUUAUCACUACUGUUUCAGCUGAGGAUCAAGAUCCUCCGGGCACACCAGCAAGUCGAGUCCGAUACAAAGUGGAUGUUGUCCAGUUUCCUUACAGUGCCAGCAUUUUUGAUGUGGAUGAAAACUCGGGACAUGUAGUAACCCGAGUAAACCUAAAUGAAGAGCCAAGUACAGUGUUUAAGCUAGUGGUCGUUGCAUAUGAUGAUGGGGAUCCUGUGAAGUUCAACACCACUACAGUAGAAAUUGCUGUGCUGCAGCCUUCAGUAAUUCCACGGUUUACGCAGGAUGAAUACAGACCCCCGCCAGUCAGUGAAAGUGCACCUAAAGGAACUGUAGUAGCAGUUGUUACAGCGGCUGCCUUGAACCAGACAAUUGUAUAUUCACUUGUUUCAGGAAAUGAAGAGGAUGUGUUUGCCAUCAAUAACAGGACAGGUGUGAUCUCAGUUAGAAAGUCUCUGGAUUAUGAAAGUGUGAAAAGUUACGAGCUUCGAGUUCAAGCAGACUCCUUACAAGUGGUACAAUCCAAUCUGCGUGUCCCUUCCAAAAGUAAUACAGCCAAGGUAUUUGUUGAAGUGAAGGAUGAAAAUGACCAUGUGCCUGUCUUUACCAAAAAAGUGUACAUUGGAGGAGUGUCUGAAGAUGCCAAAAUGUUUUCUUCUGUGCUUAAAGUUAAGGCCAAUGAUAAAGACACUGGGAAUUAUAGUGCCAUGCAAUACAGACUCAUCAUUCCUCCAAUCAAGGAUGGUAAAGAAGGUUUUGUGAUUGAGGCUUACACAGGGCUAAUAAAAACUGCUAUGCUGUUCAAAAAUAUGAGAAGAUCCUAUUUCAAGUUUCAGGUUGUUGCAACUGACAAUUAUGGAAAAGGACUGAGCAGCAAAGCAGAAGUACUUGUGUCUGUGGUCAAUCAGUUGGAUAUGCAAGUCAUCGUCUCUAAUGUUCCUCCCACCCUUGUGGAACAAAACAAAGAUCAACUGAUAGGGUAAUAAAUUUAUUUACUCUACAAAUAUCAGACAAUUCACAGGU